CCCUCUGGCGAUUGUUAUGAUUUUCUAGAGCAGAUGAUCCUCUUGUCUGACCGAUAUAAAUUGUUUUGGUAUUGUUUCUUAUUUGUUUACUUUUGAAAUUUUAAAGGUGAAGUACAGAUGAGCUUUUUGAAGAAGAAAAAGGUCCUUACACAAGCUGAGCUUUUAAGAGAAAAAAAAAUCAAGAAGUUUUUAACUAAAGAAUUCUCUGUUUCGUUAAAGAAUUUACAACAGAAAUACUUGAACGAUGAUGAACCAGUAUACAGUAAUGAUGCAGCUAACCAUCUUUGUAAUGUAUUAGAAGCAGUAUUUCUUCAUGGGCUGAAAGAUUCAGUUACGGCUAAGAUUGCUAGUUAUGUAAACUUUAACCAUGAUCAUGUGAAUCAAGUGAAUGCAAACUUCUGGAAUUAUGCUGCUGGAUUUACGCACAAGGAUGUGAUCUCCCAGUUAAAACAUCUGGGUCAGAUAACAACGGAAAUAGGACUAUGCAGGGCAUGGAUACGAUUAGGAUUAAACGAUGGAUUAAUGGAGAGUUAUUUAGAGUCCAUGACAGCUGAUAAAAAAACCUUAGAAUAUUAUUAUCAUCAAGUGAGUUAUUUACGAGAUAUCGAACAACCUGGUAUAUUAAUUUCUUAUAUGAAAGGUUUAAUUGAAUUAAACUUUAAAUUGUCUUUCAACUCCAGUGUAUUAAAUAACUGGACAACCACGCCUCUAACUCUAUCUGGUAUACUUGAACCUACCAGUACACCUUCUGCUAUAGUAGAUGUAUCACCUACUGUUUCAGAUUCGAAACCACCUAUGUCAACAAGUCGUCAAAGAUCCAAAUCAGAAGAGAGUCCUAUUCUAGCUCGUAGCUCUAGAUCCAAAUCUAAGGAUGGUGCUGAAUCAGAUAAUGCUUCAAGUUCUGCGGUACCUAAAGUUCCACCUAAUACACCAUUUUCUAAUUCUGGCUUUACAAGACAAGAUGUUGAAGAUAUAAAAAAACUGAUUGGAAAUUUUUACAGUCCUUCCGAUUGCUCAGGUUCCAGUCAAAUUUCUUGUCCUGAUCCUGAUCACGCGGAACAACAAAAUCCAUCGCCAAGAGAUGGUUUCUUUGUAGAUCAAGAUUUAUAUUUAGAGGAGGCGGCACAAACAUCUGAACAAAAGAAUUUCCACGAUGAAAAAUAUAAAACCUCUCUGAACAAAAAUAAGCCACAUGAAUUGCCAGUAGAUUCUAAAGCAUUAAUUAAAGAACAGAAACUCAAGGGAGAGUUAGUUGAUUGUCCUCGUGAUACUCAACCUAACAAAACAGUUGAUUCAUUAGAUACAGCCAAACUAGCUCAGAUUGAAGCAGAAAUCCUUAACUGUCCAAUUGAAUCAGAUAUUAGCUACAGUCAUUCAGGGCACAAGCAAACAAAACAUAAGCCACCGAAUAAGCCAGAAGAGUUAUCCCCUCAUAAUAGCCAUGGAAAUCAUUCGCCACACAAGUCAACUAAACACACCAGACGGCACAGUAAGCAAGACGAAUUACCUCCCUUUGAAAGUCUUAAUUGUUCUCCAAGAGAGAAGAGUGCACCCAUUGCUCCCACUUUAUCAACGGCUGUUGUGGAGACAGUAGACACCGUGGAAGUUGAUAGCGAGUCUUCCAUUGCUUUAGCGAGAGAGGAAAUAAAUAAACAUAAAUCAUCACCAAAACAAACAAACAAUAAAUCGGAAAAUGGCGUCAAUAUUUGCAAUAGUCCAAGAAGUUUUGGUAAUAACCUAAGCCAUGUAAAUAGUUGGUCUUCACCUUUUGAUGAAGAAAAUAUGGAUCAUGUAACCGACCUACCAAGAGCCAGAGCUUCAAGUACCAGUCAGGAAAUACCACAAAGAAAUAAAUCUGAAAGUUUUGGUACAUUGUUACAAAAUUAUACACCUUCUAGUGUGGUUACUUCAGCUUCCAUGGAUGAAGUUUUACAGAAUCUAGAUACAAGAGAAACAACACCUCCACCAAAACCAACUUCCAGUACAGGCAAUGAUGUAAGGGAGCUGAGUGACAGUGGACUUGAUGACUAUGAAAUAGUUCCUGAUUCUUAUUUAUCUCGUGAAGAAGAUGCUAUAAUUUCCACUAAGAAACAACAAAUGACAGAGAUUGCUUUAGAAAAGGGACUAGAUGCUCAAAAUUAUCAGUGUAAUGGUUGUAAACGACCAGUUGGAUUAUUUUAUGGUAAACCUCGAGUUUGUACAUUUGAUGGUGGAUAUUAUUGUUUUGAAUGCCAUGAAAAUGAAGAAUUUUAUAUUCCAGCUUCAAUUGUUCAUAAUUGGGACUUUAGAAAACAACAAGUUUGUAAAGCUAAUUACAAGUUUUUAAUGGAACAUGAAGAAGAAGCUUUGUUAGAUGUAUCAGUUAUAAAUCCUAAACUAUAUGAUCAUGUACCAGAAAUGCAAGAAGUUAAGUUAUUGAGAAUCCAGCUGUUUUAUCUGAAGACCUAUUUAUUUACAUGUAAACAGUCUGUAGCUGAAGAAUUACGACGUAGAGUGUGGCCUAGAGAAUUCCUUUAUGACAACAUUCAUGUUUAUUCAUUAGGGGAUUUUUUUCAUGUGUAUUCUGGCCAGUUAGCUAAAAGUUUGAAAGAAAUCAAUAAGUUUGCUUCCAAGCAUGUGUAUGACUGUUUAUUAUGUAGCCAGAAAGGUUUUAUAUGUGAAAUAUGUAGCAGUAAAAAGGUUAUUUAUCCUUUUGAAACGAUUACAACGCACAGGUGCUCAAUUUGUAAUGCAGUCUUUCAUAAAUCUUGCAUGUCUGAGAAAAUACCAUGUCCAAGAUGCCAGCGCUGGCGCCGUCGAAAGAGUAAUCCAUCAGAAAGUUUAGCUGAUACAGAAGAUUAUGCCAAUACUCCAGAUUUAUAAGUGAUAUUUUUAACUUGUUUAUAUUUUUUUAAUAAAAAAUGGCUAUUUAUGAAUAAUAAAAAUAAUAUAAUAAAUA